AUGACGCUGGAAGCGCUCAAGGCACAGAUUGAGCAGGCUGUCAGUAACCUGGCCACCAAGAUGGAGCAGGGCAACCGAGAAACAAACCGCGCGUUCAAGGCGCAGGCCGGCACUCUUGAGAAGAUGGCCGGGCAGCACUAUGAAGCCACCGUGGCGGCGCAGCAGGCGGCGGCGGACAGCAUGCAGGUCGCGGGGGACGCCCAUGCGCAGGCCCUAGGGGAGGUCGCCUCUGCGGGCAAGCGCCUCGCGGGCGGCCUGCAGGCCAGCAGCAAGUCGACCCUGGCCGCGGCCCAAGCGGUGGCGUCACAGGUGGCACGAGACGCGGGCCAGCUUGCGGCGCAGCACGGCAUCAGGGCGGGCGGUGCGGGCGGGGGCGGGGGCGGCCCGGCGGCGGGCGCGCCUGGCGGCGGCCGGGGGCGGGGAGGGGGUUAG